GGGCGGGGCGGGAGCCGGGACUGGAGCCACGGGCGCGCCCCUGCCCAGACGGCGGCGGCAGUGGCCGCUUGCUCGGCCUGGCCUCUGUCCUCGCGGCGACCCCGCGCCCCGGCCUCCUGGCCCCGGGCCGGCCAUGCCGCCGCCCGCGCCGCCCACCGUGCUGGUGCCGUCGGAGCGCGCAGUGGUGCUGCUGUCGUGCGCGCUCUCCGCGCUCGGCUCGGGCCUGCUGGUGGCCACGCACGCCCUGUGGCCCGACCUGCGCACCCGGGCGCGGCGCCUGCUGCUCUUCCUGUCGCUGGCAGACCUACUCUCGGCCGCCUCCUACUUCUACGGGGUGCUGCAGGACUUCGCCGGCCCCUCGUGGGACUGCGUGCUGCAGGGCGCGCUCUCCACCUUCGCCAACACCAGCUCCUUCUUCUGGACCGUGGCCAUCGCGCUCUACCUGUACCUCAGCAUCGUCCGCACCGCGCGCGGGCCCCGCACCGACCGCCUGCUCUGGGGCUUCCACGUCGUCAGCUGGGGGGUUCCACUGGCCAUCACCGUGGCAGCUGUCGCUCUGAAGAAGAUCGGGUACGACGCCUCGGACGUGUCUGUGGGCUGGUGCUGGAUCGACCUGGAGGCCGAGGACCGCAUCCUGUGGAUGCUGCUGGCGGGGAAGCUGUGGGAGAUGCUGGCCUACGUCACCCUGCCGCUGCUGUACCUCCUGGUCAGGAAGCACAUCAACAGAGCGCACGAGGCGCUCUCGGAGUACCGGCCCAUCCUCUCGGAGGCGCACCGCCUGCCCCGCCGCUGCGCCGCGGCCGAUAAGAAGCUGGUCCUCAUCCCGCUCAUCUUCAUCUGCCUCCGGGUCUGGAGCACCGUGCGCUUCGUGCUGACCCUCUGCGGCUCCCCAGCGGUGCGGGCUCCCGUGCUGGUCAUUCUGCACGGCAUCGGGAACACGUUCCAGGGCGGUGCCAACUGCAUCAUGUUUGUCCUCUGCACCCGCGCCGUGCGCACCCGGCUCUUCUCCCUCUGCUGCUGCUGCUGCUCUUCCCAGCCUCCCGCAGACAGCCCGGCGGGCCCUUCCGAGGCUCCUGCGCCCUCCAGGAUGGGAGAGUCGCAGGAAUCCACACGGACCCCAGAGGGACUUCCAAGCACCUGAGCUGCUGCCCUUCCUGGUUCUGUGCACAGGUGCUGCCCUCCUGCGGACAGGGUCCCCCUCGUCCCUGGCGUGGGGAGGGGGAGGGCGUGUCUGCUGUCCUGGAAGCCCCUGCUGGCGACUCAGCAGCUGCCAGCUCAGCUUCUUCUACCUCCUAGACCCUCGGGCGUCGAGUUCCAGUCGCGCCGUGUCCUGGCGCACUGGGGGUUGUUCGUCUGCAGGAGGGUGGCAGUGAGAGGGAAACCAGCAGUCCAUGGUCACCGCCAGGGUGCCUCUCGUCCCGCUGCCCUCGCUGUCCUGAGGACCUCACAGCACUGUUUACAAUUUGAGGGACCCACAUCUGUGCACCCGUCUGUGUAUGAUUAAAUAAAAUGUCAGCGAUGUGUCCCCCACCCAGACAUCAUGGAGCAGAUUCCCGGUUUGCCAGGGGGGUUGAGAUUCCCCGGAGAGCCCGGCUUUUCUUGGGCAGCUGGCUGGUCAACAGAGAAGCCAGUUACCUUUAAGCAGGUUGAAGGCUCCCCUGAGGUUGUGUGGUGACCACCACGCAUGGGCACAGCCUAGCACAACUGCUCAGGGACAGCCACUCUCCUUGAGGGGUCCUGGAUUCUGUGGGUCGCCAACACUCCGUGCAGAUCGCAUGUGAGUUUCAACACAGCCGGAAUCCAGACCCCUGCCUCUACUGCCAGCCUCUUAACACACAGGUCCCUCCUUUCCCUGCAAGGGCUAGAACGAGAGGCAUCUCAGGGACCCCCCCCAGGACACCCCACUUCUCUCCAGGUCCUUCUUUAUAGUCCUCCUGUUCCUAGGGAGACUGAAAUUGGGGUGAGAUGGGAGGGGAUCUGGCUUGUUCACUUCCUAGCUCAGUUUUUUGUGGGAAAGGUGACCAGAGAUACAGUGAAUGAUCCAGAUACCAAUGCCUCCCUGAAGGUGACGGUUCAAGAUUCCGCUGUUUGGCAUUCGGUUGAGGGAAGUAGCAACAUGGAUUAUGUACCUUUAUUUUUUUAAUUUUAUUUUGGAUUAUGUACAUUUAAAAGGGAAAGGAUUCAAAAUAA